AUGGACAUCACCAAGCUCGUCGUCUCGUUGAGGGAGAAAGCAUUGCUCUACGGCGAUUAUGGCACUUACCGGUCGCAGCUGGCUGGCAAGCUGCUCAACAGCCGCAAGAAGCUGGCCAUCGCGACCAAGAACCGUGGCAAAUUCCACCCCAGGACGCAUGUAGCGCCCGAGCAGAUUGCCGAGAACCACGAAUACCUGCGUCUCCAGCUCCUGACCGCCGAGCGCGCCUGGGCCCAUGCCAUGUCCAUGAAGGCAUCGCAUUCCGCCGACACCAAGGGCACGUCCAGCAAGACACGCUCCCACAUUGUCUCGAGGCUCGACAAGGCCGCGCGCACUGCCGAGGAUUUAGCCGGUGCUCUCGCCCAGGACAGCAGCCUCAGCGGUGCCACGCCCAUCGACGUACUUGAGGCUCGCGCUUACGCUGCCCUCCUACGGGGCGCUGCCCAGUUUGAGAGCCAGGCCUGGGCGCCGUGUCUGAAGAGCUACUCUAUUGCCCGAGUCAUCUACAGCGCCCUCUCCACCUCGUUCAAGGGCGACGUCUUCAAGGACCUGCUCUCCGAGACCAUCGACCCCUCGAUCCGCUAUGCCGCAUACCAGGCCAAGAUUCCGCGGACCGAACCCAUCCCCACAAUUGCGCGCAACGCCUUUGCCCAUGCUGACCCCGAACUUAUCGACCGCGUUAGAACAUUGAAUCCCGAUGUGCUGGAGCAUGGUGGCCUCGAUGCCACAGGUACCUCACUGGGGGCCGAAGGGGCACCAACAAGCCUGACAUGGCGCGGACGCGAGGUCAAGAUCGAGGAUGCUGCCAUCGCCGUCGCCUGGGCUUCGGUAGGGACGGCCAAAUCUCGGCUAACCGAGCGGCUGUCUUCGGCCCGCCCCUUGCAGCCUAAGGACAUGGCGGCAGCAUACGAUGAUAUCCUGAUCGCCAGCCAGGAUGCCGUCGAUGCGACGAAACAGGCCAUCGAUGAGCUCAAGGGCGAGGGCGUCACUCAAAGCGAUCCCCGCAUGCAGAGCUUGCAAAUCACGCGCACCGCUGUAAACUUCGAGAUGAUAAGUUGGCGAAUUGGCCGCAACAGAGCCCUGAUCGGCCAACACGACGGUGCGCAGCUGGACUUUGGCGAGGCAUCCAAGGCGACAACACAAGUGAAGGAGCACCAACAUGUGACCGACGCACAUAGGAACGAGGCCCCUGGCCGACAAAUUGCGAAGCUAAAAGAGAAGGUGGUCCUGUAUGAUGGCACAUUGCAGAGUCUCGAGUCGAUUAUUGAGCUUCCUGGAGUGGCCAACGACCAGGAACUCUCUGGCCGCUUAGAGGCCACCUCGGAGUACUUCACUGCGCUCAAAUGUCUGGCAUUCUCCCGGUCUCACUCCAUAGCUGGGAAUGCCGUGAGCGCACUUGCCCUCGUCAGGCACGCGCUCAACGAGUGCCGGGAGGCUCUCCCUGUUCUCUCGAGCGGAGGGGGCGAUGGCAAAUCCUUGCCACGGAAUAUUUCUAUCACAAAGGAUGACGUGCGCUUUCUCCACAACCUCCUCAGCGGAGAACUGCAGCGAUCUCGAGCUCUUGUUGAGAUACAAAGCCUCACGAAGUCGUCCCCCAAGGACCCCACGGCCGGCCAAGCGGCAGACUCUUCCAGGCCCCUGAUCAGCCAGCUCUCCAACUACCCAUCAGGAGCCGUCGAUCUUAAGAAUAUUGUCGUCUACCCUCCCCACGUCGAAUCCGUCCCGGUGAAGCCGUUGUUUCUGGACGUGGCGUGGAACUAUAUUGAUUACCCCGACAAGCAGGCCCAGCAUCAGCAGGCCCAGCAUCAGCAGGCCCAGCAUCAGCAGGCCCAGCAUCAGCAGGCCCAGCAGCAGCAGGCCCAGCAGCAGCAGCAGCAGCAGCAGUUCAGCUCGAGGGAUAGGACCACCGCACAGGACAAAUCAGCCGAGGAAUCCGACGUAAAGCCCCAAAAGAGAGGCUGGUUCGGCUUUGGGAGAUAA